AUGAAUACACUCAUAUGGAAUUGUCAAGGUGCGGCAAAGAGUAAAUUUCACUCUGUGCUUAAAUCCUUCAUUGCUGAACACAAGCCCGACGUCUUGGUUCUGAUUGAACCCCGAGUUUCUGGUCCACCUGUGGAUCGCAUUAUCAGAUCCUUUGGCUUCCCCAACUCACACCGGGUUGAAGCGUGUGGCUUCUCCGGAGGAAUAUGGCUACUCUGGUCAGAUCGAAUGUCAUUGCAAAUUAUCCAUAGUCACUGGCAAUUCAUCCAUACAAAAGUCCGAGAUACCCAGUCCAACCAGGAAUUCUACUUCUCAGCAAUAUAUGGUAGCCCAAACUCCACCAUUAGAGCACACCUCUGGCCGGUCCUAAUGUCACUAGCUCCGUCGGUCGAGGGACCCUGGGCCCUGGCUGGUGACUUUAACGCGGUCUUAGCUUCCUCUGAGAGGAGAACUACCUCCGGUAGGAACACACUUGGGUGCUCUAAAUUCCAAGCGUUCGUAAAUGACAACUCUUUAGUGGACCUAGGAUACUCUGGGCCCAAGUUCACCUGGCGCCGUGGGCUUUCCUUUGCAAGAUUGGAUCGAGUUCUGGUUAACACAGAGUGGGUCACUUCAUUCACCACGUCUACCGUAACACACCUCCCAAAACUUCAAUCAGACCACAGACCACUAAAGCUACAUUUGCAAUCACCACAGUUCCAGACCAGACCCACAGCUUCAUUCAAAUUCUUAGCGGCCUGGUUAACACACACUGAAUUCAAAGGCUUAGUCGAAGACACCUGGAAAGAUGAAAAUUCUCUGUCAAAUAACAUUCAAGCCUUUAGACACAGUGCUGCCUCAUGGAAUCGUGACACUUUUGGCGAGAUUGGCAUCAGGAAGAGACGAUUGACAGCCCGACUAGCUGGACUACAGAAGGCCCUCGAAUCAAAACCCCACUCUGCUUUCUUGAUCAAACUCAACAGAGAACUCACGGAAGCUUAUGAGACAAUUUGCUUUCAACAAGAACUACUAUGGAUCCAAAAAUCCAGAGCUCUUUGGAUAAAUCUGGGUGAUCGCAACACUUCAUAUUACCAUGCCAAAGCUAAAAUCAGGAAAGCCCGAAAUAGAAUCACUGCACUGAAAGACUCAAAUGGCUCCUGGGUUUCAGACGACUCACUCCUACAACAAAUGACUAGGAAUUACUUUGUGGAGCUCUAUUCGCGUCCAGACCAGCCAAAUACCACCUUCCAUCUGCGAGGUAAAUUCCCCUCCUUCCUGUUACAUCCUUAG